AGUACUAUGGCGUCUGUAGUAACAACACAAAUUUGAAGUUGGAAAGGCUUAGCCUUGCGUAAGAUGAACGGAGCCGAUUGCUGCAAUGAUUGAUCUUGAAAUUUUUAAUGAAAAACCAAAUAUGAUAAACGGCUUCAGUCAUAAAAGUGGACGUCAUUUAACUAGAUUCUAGAUCUACAUGAUUUAUUUAUAUGAAUAACUGGCCAGAACCAUGUCGGAUACGAAGUUGCACACAGCUGUGAGGUACGGAAGCGCUGAUGCUGUGCUUCAAGCUUUGAAACAGAACUUGAAUCCAAAUCAUAUAGGAUUGUUUAAAUGGACUCCUGUGCACGAAGCUGCUCACAAUGGCGAGAGAGAAAUUCUUAAGCUACUUUUGCAUUAUAAAGGUGAUGUUAACAUAAAAGAUGAGCUCCAUGGGAACACACCUUUGCAUUAUGCAGCACGAGAAGACAACUCUGCGUGUGUCACGGUCCUACUCAAAGCUGGAGCAGCGACGAAUCUCCAGAACAACGAAGGAAUGACUUGCGUUGAUGUGGCCACUUCCCUAUGUAAGGAAGUCAUAGAGCAGUAUGGUAAGUUACACUUUUGUUUCCCUUACUUGACAUUGAUGAGGUGUUUGUUAAAAGAAAGUUUGUAAGGUUCGCCUUUCUCUUCAUUUUUUUCUUA